GCGCCCGGGCAGGUCCAAGGAGACAGAAGCAAAGAUGGACUGGGGAUCACUGCAUGCCGUGUUGGGAGGUGUGAAUAAACACUCCACCAGUAUCGGAAAGAUCUGGCUCACUGUCCUGUUCAUUUUUCGUAUCAUGAUCCUUGUAGUAGCUGCUGAGAAGGUCUGGGGCGAUGAACAGCAAGAUUUUAUCUGCAAUACUCUGCAGCCUGGAUGCAAAAAUGUUUGCUAUGACCACUUUUUCCCCAUCUCCCACAUCAGACUCUGGGCCCUUCAACUGAUCUUUGUCUCGACGCCUGCACUUUUGGUGGCGAUGCAUGUUGCCUACAGACGCCAUGAGAAGAAGAAGCAGUUAAGAAAUGGGGAGAAGUUUGAUAUUGAAGAGCUGAAAAGAACAAGAUUUCAUAUUAAGGGGCCCUUGUGGUGGACAUACACUAGCAGCAUCUUCUUCAGAGUCCUCUUUGAAGCCAUCUUCAUGUAUGCAUUUUACUUUAUGUAUGAUGGGUACCAAAUGCCACGCUUACUGAAAUGUAGUGCUUGGCCCUGUCCAAACACAGUGGAUUGCUUUGUCUCUCGACCCACUGAGAAAACCAUGUUUACUAUUUUCAUGCUUGUUGUGUCUGCUGUUUGCAUGCUGCUGAAUGUGACGGAAUUGUGUUACCUGGUGGUAAAAGUUUGUGUGAAAGAGCCUAGGAAAACAGCAGCUUUAAAAUAAUUCCCCGGACAUCAGAAUUCCCCCUUUUUCCAACUUUAGGUGAGCUGUCAGAAAACAAUGACUAAUAUUUCCAGGCUCAAUGAAAAAAGAAAACCCAAUGUGUAAUUUGGUUGCAAAAGCUGUCAGCCCUCACAUUAAACUGUCACUGCUGCUAUUCUUAAAAUUCAUUUGUGUGCUGAGUUCUCCCUUAUCCAUGAAGUAAGAGCCUGACCCUGGCAGCAGGAGUUUUUCCAAGGCUUGCUGCUGUUCUGACAGUAGCCUAAAGAAGACAGUGGAAUGUAAGUGCUUUGCAAGUGACAGGCUUAUCAGCAUCUUGCUUUGGGAAGGGUUUUUGGGGCCAAGGGAGAUCAAUGCACUCCUAGCACGCUGACAUCUGUAAUGAAGAAACUAGUGUUAAGGAUAGAGGGUUGAGUUUGAUAGUUUUAGGAAUUCUCCUUGCUGUACUGGGGAUGGAAGAAGGUGGCGGAGGGGCAGUUGAAUUCAUAGAAAGGUACUUGUUUCUCCCUCUUAGCAGUCCUUGUAGUCAUGGUUGGUGACUAAUGGGUCUGCCACUCCAUGUUUGGGGAAAGGGGAGGACAGGGAUAGCCAGGGGCAGGGAGCAGAGGUGCACACAGUUGCAAGGCUCAAACCUUACUAGGAAUCUCUGGAUACACAUUGACUUUUAAGCAGGUUUUCCCUGCACUACAGAACUGCCUUGACAUGGAAUGGGGUUGCUAGGUUCAGCCAGUGGUGAAGCAAGAUAUGGCAGGUUCUACAAGGAAGUAGAUAAAGUAAUGGAGGGCCAGACCAUUGAGUUGUAUCCUCUGACAUCUCUAAACCAAUGCUGGUUGAUGCCAGGGAGGGGUAUGGAUUACACUAGACAUGCAUGUACAUACAGUCUACCUCUAAAGCAUUUACUGCAUGCCCCUGUCAGAGGUGCGAUACUGGACUAGAUGGACCAUUGGUCUGACCUAGUGUGGCACUUCUUCAUGGCUGAACUUCUCCAAAUGCACUUUGGUGUUGUGGUGGGCAUUACCUGAAAGAAAUGAGAAGGUGAACUUCAUCUUUCCAUGUAAUAACCUAGAGAAAACACAAGGAGGCAAUGCUCAAAAGAGUUUUCUUUGUCCAGACUUGGCAGAUUUUUCCAUGCAGGUGGGAAGCUGGAUGGCACUGAUAAUGGGAGCUUCUGUUAGGUGAUUUCUGGCAUUUGAUAAAGACAUUUUUACCAAAUGAUGGGACUGCCUUUGAGUGCUGUUUUAGUGAUGUGUAUUGACUAAAGAACAAGCAAAGUUGUUGCUGUAUCUCAUUACAUGUUGUAUGGCCCAGGACAACUACUUUAGCACUUCAUGCAUGAAAUACAGCAGGAUGUACACUCCCUGUCUGCUGGUGUAGCUCCUUUCUUUUUAUGCAUCUCACAUAAAUCUUCACCAUAAAACCUCUUCCACUAAUUCCUAAAGGGAUGACAGCAUUUUCUUUCAAUUCACAAUGUUGGCAGCAAGCAUUACAUAAAACCAUAGCACUGAACCUAUCUCAGUGAAAAAUGUGUAUGCAGAGGAAACCUGGUAUUUCCCUAAAAUUCCUUAUUAGGAUGUAAAUUGUCUGUAACUAGGUAGAGGCACAGCCUUCUAUUUUUAUCUUUCCAUCUGAGUAAGCCUUCAAGUUUCUUCAUGUUUUCUUUAGGCAUUACCCCAUUUGCAUGUAGCAGUGCAAUUUUAACACAUCUUCUCAGUGCUUACCCAGCAAAGCUAACUCUGAUGGCCAGUUACUUGUUGUUGUUGGCCACAGCAACUUGGAGUUCCAUGACAAGGUGGAAAGUAUCUAGGGUUUUGUCUUUACGUCCAUUGU